AUGGGCAUGGAAGUCCUGUCCAACUUCGCUAUCUAUGACAUCAUGCGAAGAGCAGUCGAUCAGUAUUCUGCCGCCAUCAUCUUACCAACGUCAGGGUGCCCCAUGACUGGUCUCGAGUAUGUCGACGAUGUUGUUAUAUUCGCGGAAAGUGGUGCGAAACUUCAACAUGUUGUCAAGCUUGUGUCGAAGCUGGCUGCAGUCCAUGGACUACAUCUACGCCCUAAUAAAUGUGAACAGAUGUGGAUCCCUUCGAGACCAUGA